AUGGGAAGGCGACGAAAGUCAAGGCAGCGUUCUUUGGGUAGCAUUACACAAAUACCUACUGCUAAUGAUGCGAAUAAUGCCUUUCGAAACGCUGUACGGCAAGAAUCUACGGUUCCCAAUUUCUUCGAUCCUUCGUCCGCUAGUGUUUCUUCUCUCAAUGGUCUAGCAUCAUGUGAGGACGUCACUGCCUCCGAUUUGAGGUGGCUUAGACUUCCCACUGAGCUGUGGCAUAGCAUUGUGCGACUACUGCCCUAUGCAGAUCGUGCCUCUCUCGCAAGAACUUGUCGUAAAUUUAACGCCAUCGUCGCAGAUCGCUACAAUUGGCGUAUUAUUCGGCUGGACCGGUAUCAGCAUCUCACCGACUCUGGAUUGGCAAUGAUAGGGCGGAAAAAACCGCGACAGCUGCACUUCACAUAUUGCCGCGGUGACGCUGUCACCAAUUGGGGCAUAGACCAACUGUUCAAGGGCUGUGGAGAGGGCCUUGAGUCUUUCUCCUUCGUUGGUUGCUCAAAAGGUGCCUUCCAGGGUGAUUACCCGUUGUUGGCGUCUACAUUACGAUGUCCCAACCUCUGUCACAUCGAUGCCAGCUACGCGCACACUGUUCGAGACCAGACCGUGCGCGCCAUUGCGGAGGGCUCAGUUGCCCUUAAGACCCUCCUCCUCAAUGGUGCUCAGCACAUCUCUAACUCGGCCAUCGAGCAUCUUGUGCGACACCACAAGCACACUCUGGAGCGCCUCGAGCUGUUCGGCUGCUUUCAUUUGAACUCGAAGAUUUUUACGACUCUGGGCGAAUGCCACGGCCUACGUGCACUCGCGUUCGGCUUUUUGCACCAUUUGUCUUCCAAUGGACUGCUUGAACUUAUUUCGAAGCUGCCCUUGUUGGCUUCGUUAGACCUGCGAGGUACGCAGAAGUUGGUAACUGAUACAAUUCUCUCGCGGCUGGCAAAAGAGUGCCCGUUGUUGGAGGAGGUGGUUCUCGCGAACAUGUCCUCGCUGACGCGUGAGGAGGGCGUAAUCACGAUGUUGCAUCAGCUGCCGCGGUUGCGCGUGCUUGAUCUCUGCGGCCUCGCGGUGGUCGGCGACAACAGUCUCCAAGCCCUCGCCACCAGUUGCCCUCUCCUUGAGGAACUUGACAUCUCCUGCACUUCCGUCACCGAAACCGGGCUUCUCUGUUUGGCGAACGCCCCAGCGGCCAGUCUCAGAUCGCUGAGGAUCAGCUUUUGUCCCCGAAUUACGGCGAACGCCAUUGAGAAACUAGCCGUCUCCUGCCCCAAGCUUACGCACCUAUCGCUUUACGGUUUUUCGUGGAUCAAAAAGUGGGACUUCCUUUUUGAUCAGCGCCCCAACUUGGUCAUCCAAACCGAGACGCAAUGCAUCAAACCCACAACGAAGUAG